CACGACUGUGCGCCGAGGUGUAGCUGACAUGGCGGCGGUGGCGGCGGCGGCGGACAAUAGAGAUAACCUUCUGGGGAUCUCAUGGGUAGACAGUGCUUGGAUUCCAAUUCUAAAUCCUGGGAAUGUGCUAGACUACUUUUCUGAAAGAAGCAACCCAUUUUAUGAUCGGACUUGCAACAAUGAGGUAGUCAAAAUGCAGCGGCUUAGCUUGGACCAUCUACAUAACAUGACUGGUCUGGAAUACAUUCUGCUACAUGCACAAGAACCUAUAUUGUAUAUUAUUCGAAAGCAACACAGGCACAGUCCAGCACAAGCUACUCCUUUGGCUGAUUAUUAUAUAAUUGCAGGAGUGGUGUAUCAAGCCCCUGAUUUGGGAUCUGUAUUAAACUCUAGAAUGCUGACGGCAAUACAUGCAGUUCAGUCUGCCUUUGAUGAAGCCAUGUCUUACUGCCGAUACCAUCCCUCUAAAGGAUACUGGUGGCAUUUCAAGGACCAAGAAGAAAGGGACAAAAUAAAACCAAAAUCGAAGAAGAAGGAGGAACCAAGUUCAAUAUUUCAGCGUCAGAGAGUGGACAUGUUACUUCUGGAUAUCCGGCAGAAAUUCCAGCCCAAAUACAUUCAGCCAAAAUCUGGAGACAAACCUGUACCAGUGGAGCAGGUGAAAAAAGAAUCUGAACCACCAACUGAAACAAUCAAACAUGAAGAAAAAGAGUCUACAAAGAACUCGCAGCAGAAUUCAACAACAAAAGCUCCUCCUGAGAAACGGAUGAGGCUGCAGUGAAGAGAUGUUUGAAUCCUUCUCACCGAGUCAAUAACUUUUUGGCUCAGUUCUCAUGGGCGACUGAACUCUUGCAUUUUCAUUUCAUACACAGCAAUUAUUUUUUGUUUUUGUUUCCGUACUGCAACCACAAAGGGAGUAUGUUCUCUGGGAGAAUUUUAGCCGUUGCGGUUCUUCAGUCCCUUCCAUUUCCCAAAUGACAACAAUCCUUGUAGCUUAAAACAUUAUUUUCUUGCUCUGGUUGAAGUGAGAUGGAAUCAUUGAAAGAUGUCCAAAACUACCAUUUUAGCCGUAGCCGGAUAAGAGGAUUGAAGUUGAAAACAAGUGAUACUAUUGGUACUUGAAAUAUUACUUGGCUGUUUUGUACCCAUUUAAAAAGGAUGCUUUAUAUGUCACAGUUUAUUCAGAAUCUGCAGAUGCUGGCAAUUUUAUAGAAAAAAUGAAAAUGCUUGAAACACUCAGCAGGUCGGACGGCAUCUGUGGAAAUAAAUAGUUAAUGUUUCAGGUCAAAGACUGUUCAGAUUUGCCUGAUUUACAGAUUAUUCAGGUGUAUUGAUUAAUAAUGGUAUAGUUGUUUGGUUCAUUCUUUCGCAAAAACUACCUAUAAUAUUUUCCAUCUGACUGAGAUGUGUAGUUGAUUGAGAAAUGAUGGGUGUGAAAGCAAGUUAUUUUGCCCUGUGAUCCUUGGCAUUGUACAUUGUUACUUUGUAAAGGUAAAUUACAUUAAAAAUUCAUGUUUGAUGAUGAAUUUGGUAAAGAUGUCCUUCAAUGAAAUGGUCAGUAUUUCCAGGACUGAUUCGUGGGUUUAUGCUGAUUACCUCAUUAUUAGUUUGCCAUUUCUUUUUCAUUCUUCCUGUACAACUGAAAGGGAGUUAUUCUAUUGCAUUUUUGUGCUUUAUCCUGUACAAAUGCAAGUACAAAGCAGCAAAUCUACAGGAGAACAGUGAAUUGCCUCCCCUCACUGGCCAUGUGCUUGUCGCAGCAGCCUCUUCCUGCCAGGAUACCUUGUGGUGGCUUCCCCUGAUUGGAGGCAGGUUGCCAGGGAUUGCCUCCGAUCAGGGCAAUCAGGUGAGGAUGUGGACGUCCCCAAAUGUCCUCCGCAACCAAAGAGGCCGCAACUCGAGUCUUCAGGUGGUUCCUCGACCAGGAAGUGACGAGUUAGCCAGUCGAAGAAACUGCUUUAAGUGGAGGUGAUAAAAUGUAUAUGGAGAUAACAGUGAGUAUGAAAAUGUUGCUCUUCUUUGCAAGAGAAUAUGAGUACAGAAGCAAAGAUGUCGUCCUCCAAAUAUAUAGACCUGGAGCGUCGUGUGCAAUUUUGGAUUCCAUACCAAAGACGAGAUUUACUUGCUGCAAAGGGACUUCAACAACAGCUCAUCAGAGUGAUUUCUGGGUUGGUGGAACCGUUGUAUGAGGAGAGAUUGGAUUCACUAAGCCUGUUUUCGCUAGAGUUGAGAAGGAUUUGAAGCAAUCCCAUUGAAACCCACAAAUUAGACAAUACGUUGGCAAAGUUCGAUCUGGCUCAGAAGUCUAGAAUGAGGUGCUCACAAUCUCAAGGAGAUGAGAAAUAUCUUUACUCGGGUGGUGAACCUGUGGAAUUCCCUACCACAGAAGGCUGUGGAAGCCCAGUAGUUGAAUGUAUUUAACACAACAGAUUUCUAGACAGACAAAGACAUCAAAGGGCAAGAGAACAGUGACAAUAUAGUAUUGCGAUUGAGGAUCUACUGUGAUCUGAUUAAAUGGUGAAGUGAGCUUGAAAGUCCAUAUGGCCCUCUGUUCCUAAUUUCUAUGUUUCUGCAGUAGAACAGAAGAAAGAACAUCAAUAAACAGCCAGUAAUGAAUUCAAUGCCACAGGUAAUAAUUAGAGUGGAUCUAACAAAAUCAAUUGCAGGGUUUUGAAAGUGUUUUUGCUGAAAGCAAUUUAUCCUUAGUGUCCAGAUCGGCGCAUCGUCUAUGGAUUUGGAUUAUUAAACAAUGUUGCAGGAUGGAAUGUACUGAUGGAAGUGUUCACAUUCUUUUACUGAUUCUUUCAAAUAGUAUUGUCAAACGUUAAUGCAACUGGACAGGACAGUGGAGUAGAAAUUUGUCAAAAGGCAAAGCUUGAAUACAUAUGUUUUUUCUUCAAUUAAUGAAAAAAACUCUAGUUUCUGGAAAUUCGAAACAAAAACAUCUGUGCAGAGAGAAAUAGUUAAAGUUGCAGAAACAUUCUAACAAAGAGCAAUCUAAAGAAAGUUCCUGACCCAAAACAUCAUCUGUUAAUUCCCUCCAUAGAUGCUGCCUGACCGCGGAGUUUCUCCACCAUUUUGUCUUGUGCUUACAAAGGGCAUUUGAUCUGGACAGCUCACUGUUUUUCUCUCGAAGAUGCUGCCUGACCUGGUGUAUAUAUAUCCAGUGUUUUUUUUUUUCAGUCCAUUCACAUUAUGUCAGUCCCACAGCCUGUUGCCUGAGGAUCCUUCUGUUUCACUAUAUCCUGCAGUAUGACGAUGCUGCCUUACAUCAUUUCUCAGAUAUUUAAUGAAUGUUUCCAAAAAUGAAGUGUGAAUAAUUUGACUUUUAAAGUGUAUUUGUUAAAUCAUGUGAUUAAUGGUGUUGUUUUCUGAGAUCCUGAGAAGUUGUUUUGUGUUUCUGAAUAAAGAACCUGAAACUU